UAUAUAUUUAAAUUGCAGCUUGAGCAGUAUAAACGAGACGAGGGGUGUCCUUUUUCCCCACUCUCUCUCCUUUCUUCCGUCCCAUAUUUUGCUGCUUCGGUGCGCCCCUAGAAAGGAUCCGGGAUCAGAGACAACUGCCUGAAUUCAUCAGGAUGCACAGAACCACCAGGAUAAAAAUCACAGAGCUGAACCCCCACUUAAUGUGUGCCUUAUGUGGAGGCUACUUUAUAGAUGCCACAACUAUUGUGGAAUGCUUACAUUCAUUUUGUAAAACCUGCAUUGUCCGCUACCUGGAAACCAACAAAUAUUGCCCAAUGUGUGAUGUUCAAGUUCAUAAAACAAGGCCUCUUCUCAGUAUCAGAUCAGAUAAAACUCUACAGGAUAUAGUAUAUAAGCUGGUUCCAGGACUCUUCAAAGAUGAAAUGAAGAGACGACGUGAUUUUUAUGCAGCAUAUCCUCUGGCAGAUGUUCCCAAUGGAUCCAAUGAAGACAGGGGUGAAGUUUCAGAACAGGAUAAAGGGAAUCUCACAGAUGAUGAAACUGUCAGCUUAUCCAUAGAAUUCUAUGAAGGAAUCAGAGAUGAAAAUAAAGGGACUGUUGAAAAUGGAAACAUAGAAAAAGAUAAGAAGAACAGCAUGAGAUUCCUCCGAUGUCCUGCUGCUAUGACUAUCAUGCACCUGGCUAAGUUCCUCCGGAACAAGAUGGAUGUUCCCACCAAAUACAAAGUGGAGGUUCUCUAUGAAGAUGAACCUCUAAAAGAAUAUUAUACUCUCAUGGACAUAACUUAUAUCUAUCCUUGGCGAAGGAAUGGCCCUCUCCCAUUGAAAUAUCGUGUCCAACCAGCCUGCAAGAGAUUAAAACUGUCUUCUCAGCCUCCCAACUCAGAGUGUACCAACACCAGUGGGGCUUCAGAGUGUGAAUCUGUCAGUGACAAAGCUCAUAGCCCAGCCACCUUGCCAGCUACCACCUCCUCCUCAUUGCCAAGUCCUGUCACACCUUCCCAUGGCUCCCCAAGCUCCAAUACCACCACUGUAAGCAUUCCAAUCAACCCUGCAUCUGGUGCCAUGCUAAAUGGCACCUCGAACUGCCACCAGAUGCAACCUUUGGCCAGUAGGGGACGCAAAACAAUGGUCAAUGGUAGUCCAGUCAUGUCAGCCUUGACUUAAAAGGAGCAUUAUUUUUAUUGGAUCCUGAGUUUUAUAUAUAUUAUGUAUAAAUAAGGGCAGUGGUGGAUGGGAUGGGGAAAUUAUACAUACUUAUUUUCUAUCAACUGAUCUGAUUUAAUUUAAGAAAAAUGCAAAAAGUAAGAAAAAAAAUCCAAAUCCACAUUUUUUAAUUUUUGAAAAGCAAAAUUGUGUUCUUGUAACUGCAUGGUGGUAUUUGUAUAAAAACUGCAGCCCUUUCUGGAUGAUAAUGAUUUUUUAUUAUUAUUAUUAUUUAUGUUCUUGAUUUGUAGUGAGAUUUGAUGCACAGCCUAGAGAGAAAAAAUGCACAGACCCAAAUCAACCAGGCUCUUAUUGAAGCACAUAUGGCUUUCCUGGCUCGUUUUGUCAGAUGACUGUAGCUUACAUCCUCUCCCACCCACCCCCAUUCCAUUUUAAGCAUCUCCAUUCCAAUUAUAUAGCUUGUAGUCCUUUAUUUUUACCCCUCUCUCUUAAGGAUCUUCGUUCCAACACUUGUCAAACCAAGCUGCUGUUAAACAGGAGGUAGUAAUAGACAUUUUUGUGCAUGGAAAAGGGCAACAAUGGGCUAAUUCUUUAUGAUGUUAUGAGUACUAACCAUCGUAGAUAUGUACAGUAUCCAGAACAAUAACAUGGCCUGGGGAAAAAGAGUUAACAGUGCCUUUGACUGGCAUAACAUCAUUGCCCUUUGGGUGGAGCAGUUUACAUCAUUAACCACAGUAUCAUGACCUUGGCCCCUUGUGCUAUAAAGUUUAGUUGUUGGAAAAAUACAUCUUGAAGCUUCACCUUUUAUUUAUAUGCCCUUUCUUACACAUGUUCAUGAUGUCUCUGUUUUCAGACAACAUCUUUGCUCUGGUUUUAAAUCUCUUUGGUCAUAUAUUUUCCUACCAAAGAUUGUGGGGAUAAUUUGUACACUAGCAGUUCUUUAUCAGAGAUCUCUUGGUUGUUUGCAGACAUUGGUUCCCAGGACCUGGCUAGAAAUGGGCUAGGGACCCAUUCAGAAAGUCAGCUACUUGCAUGUGACUUUCCUAAGCAGAUUUGGAUGACUAAUGUAGUAGGCAGAUGAUUCAUCUAUACAACUCUUUGACCCUUAUUAGAAAAGCAGCUUUACAAUCCUUAUAAUUUUUGCUCUAAGAACUAUAAUGCUUGAUAGUUUGUAGUGUGGUAGAAUUACAGUAUUAAUUUCCACAAUUUGAAUUCAUGAAAUUUCUGCUGCAAUUCUCAGUGUUCAGUUUAUAUUAUAGAUAUUUCUCAAAUUCUGUGGUCCUGUGACUGUCUAAAAUAAUUAAUUCAUGAGAUUUUCCCUCCUACACAAUUCAGGUAGUC